UGGUCGCGUGUGCAGAACUCGGAUUACCUGACCUAUAAAACGGCAGAGACGGGAGUCGCUGUUACAGUUGCACAGAGUUAGUUGAAGCUACCUCUUCAGUUCAGUUCGUCUUUUAAGAAUUCUUUAUCUUUCAUCGAUGAUGAGGGUCCUUGCACUAUGCCUCUGUAUUUUGGCCGUGGCCUCUUGCAGUCCAGCUGGCAAUGAUGAAUGGGAAGAUUUCAAAAACAAUUUUGGAAAGUCCUACGAAACUCCUGAGGAAGAGAGCUACAGGAAGUCGGUGUUCGAAGCCAACAGCAAGAUAGUCAAGGAACACAACGACCAAUUCCAGCAGGGGCUGGAGACUUUCGACCUGAAGAUCAACAAAUAUGGUGACUUGACAAACGAAGAAUUCAGAAAACAGAUGAACGGUCUGCUAAUGAAAGAAGAACAGUCUGCUGUUGUCUUUGAAUACGACGGCCAAGAUGAAGUCUCAGCAGAGGUCGACUGGCGUACCAAGGGAGCUGUCACGCCCGUCAAAAACCAGGCCCAGUGUGGGUCGUGUUGGGCCUUCUCGACGACUGGUUCUCUGGAAGGCCAACACUUCCUGAAGACCAAUAAACUCGUCAGUCUCUCAGAGCAGAACCUGGUAGACUGUUCCAAGGACUUCGGCAACAUGGGCUGCGGAGGUGGUCUUAUGGAUCAGGCUUUCAGAUAUAUCAAACAUAACAAGGGUAUCGACACUGAAGAGUCCUACCCUUACGAAGCUCAGGACGGCACCUGCCGAUUCAAAUCCGAAAACGUUGGUGCCACUCUUACUGGAUACGUCGACAUCCCCAAGGGAAAUGAAACCGCCCUUUUACACGCCGUUCACAAAGUUGGUCCCAUCAGCGUCGCCAUUGAUGCCGGCAGCGAGAAAUUCCAGAUGUAUCACUCAGGUGUCUACAACAACCCCGACUGCUCGAGCACGUUCCUUGACCAUGGAGUCCUAGCAGUGGGCUACGGAGAAGAGGACAGCCACGAAUUCUGGCUAGUGAAGAACUCUUGGGGCGCAGACUGGGGUGAAGAAGGAUACAUCAAGAUGUCCAGAAACAAGGAGAAUCAGUGCGGUAUUGCCACUGCUGCAUCUUACCCUUUGGUUUGAUUAGGACGCUACGAGGAAGAACUGUUGAAAGGAAAAAUCUUAGUGUAGUCUUCGUUGUGAUGUAUUGUAGGUGUUUAUAUAUAUGUAGAUUUUUUUAACUUUAAAACAAACUGAAAACAAA